CUUGGAGAACCAUCUCCAUUAGCCAUCAUCAGUGGCCAGGGUACUACUACUACUAGUACUUGCAAGGUCAACGCGCCGAUCAGCCGAUUAAUACAAUGGUGCUACUUACAUUUUAGUGCAAAAAGAUGUAUUUAACAGUUCAUAUUUUGUAACAUGAUACCUGGACCACUCAGAAGAUGUAGGAAAGUUUUGCCUGUUACAUUAUUUAGUUUAACUGUAAUAUUUUUGUUAAUAUGGAGGUUUAGAUCUAAGAACAACGAGAUACAUCCCAAACACAUUUUUAGAGAAAAUCAAGAAGAAUAUGUAGAUAAGAACGGUAUCAAGGUAGUUAUAGGGCACUAUGUAGGAAAUCCGGCAAGAACAAUUCCGAAUGCAUCUUACGAUAUGUUAAAUGAAAACAAAUUUGACCCCCAACCAAAUGCUGGAAGAAAUGGCAACCCUGUUAUGACUGAACCAAAAGAUUUACUCGUAAUGCAGCAACUGUUCCAAAUCAACAGAUUCAACUUGUUAGCUAGUGAUAAAAUACCUCUAAACAGAAGUCUGCCAGAUUUUAGAAGAAAAAGAUGUAGUUUACUAUAUAAAGACUACACUUCUUAUCCCAAAGCUAGUAUAAUAAUUGUGUUUCAUAAUGAAGCCUGGUCCACACUGUUACGCACUGUUUGGAGUGUUAUAAAUAGAUCUCCCAAAGAGCUGGUAGAAGAAAUAAUUUUAGUUGAUGACGCUAGCGAAAGAGAAUUCCUAAGAAAACCUCUUGAAGACUACCUGCUCACACUUCCAGUCAAAACAAAACUCAUCAGAAGCAAAUCUCGAAUUGGGUUGAUCAAGGCUCGACUCAAAGGUGCCGCAAUAGCUUCUGGUGAUGCUUUGACAUUUCUGGAUGCUCACUGUGAGUGUACCAUUGGUUGGUUGGAAGCUUUACUGUCUGUGAUAAAGAACAAUAGAAAAACCGUGGCAUGUCCUGUGAUUGACAUCAUUCACGAUGAUUCGUUUGCGUAUAUAAAAAGUUUUGAGUUGCAUUGGGGAGCUUUCAACUGGAAUCUGCAAUUCAGAUGGUAUACUUUGGGUGGACGUGAGUUGAAACAAAGAAAAUUAGAUGCCACCAAGCCAUUUCCAUCACCCACCAUGGCUGGUGGACUUUUUGCUAUAGAUAAACGAUAUUUCUUUGAAAUUGGAUCGUAUGAUGAAAAUAUGAACGUAUGGGGUGGAGAAAACUUGGAAAUGUCUUUUAGAGUGUGGCAAUGCGGUGGAAGAAUUGAAAUAGCUCCAUGUUCACAUGUUGGACACAUCUUUAGGAAAUCCUCUCCAUAUUCUUUUCCGGGAGGUAUAACUAAAACUCUUUUUGCAAACCUGGCUCGUGUGGCUUUGGUUUGGAUGGACCAGUGGUCUAAUUUCUAUUUCAAAUUCAACGAGCAAGCGAGAUUAAUGAAGGACGACCAAAACGUCACUGCGAGACUGCAGCUAAGAGAGCGAUUGAAAUGUCAGAAUUUCGAAUGGUACCUGGACAACGUUUGGCCGCAACAUUUCUUUCCCAAAACCAACAGAUUUUUCGGGAGAAUCAGGAACAUUGAUGAAGAUUUGUGUCUUCUGAGGCCUGAAAGGAAAGGAUUGUCUAAUCAGCCUAUGGGACUUGCUACUAUUGACAAAUGUCUUAGUGGAAUAACAGAAGAAAUGUUUGUGAUGACAUCCGAAGGAUUUAUCAUGACCGAUGAUUCGAUUUGCCUGGAUGCUCCAGAGAAAACAGGAUUAGGACCCUUAAAAGUGAGGAUUAUUGCUUGCAGCGGAUAUUCCAGACAAAAAUGGGAAUAUAAUAAACAUACUAAAGAACUGAGACAUUCGACAAACCAGAAGUGUUUAGAUAUCUCAGUAUCGAAGAAAAUGCAGGAUGGUCUGAUUAUUACGAAUUGUGAUGGAAGAAAUAGUCAAAAAUGGAGUAUGGAGAGUGUAGAGUGGAAAUAAGUUUAAAUUUUUUUUGUACACUGACUCAUAACAAUAAAAUAUAUUUAUUUUUGUAUUUUUUGCUUAAUGAAUAAAUUGUCCAUUUU